AUGGCGGAGUUCAAAUUAUAUCCAAUUUUGAUGAUCGCUCUCGCCAUUUUUGCAGCUCCCACAUAUGGCGUCGAAGAUAAAUGCUCCGCCUGCAAUGCUAUUGCUGAGGAGCUAGAGCUGGGACUGUUACAUGAAAAGCCUAGAAAUCAUCUGGACAUGAGGCACCGGUUGGAUUCUAAGGGUCAGCGUCAAGGGAAGCUUAUAGAUUACAGGGUCAGUGAGUUAAGAGUUGUUGAGCUCCUUGAUGGGCUGUGUGAAAAGAUGCAAGAUUAUACUCUCGAGAAGGUGGAUUCAAGCAGACAAACAUGGAUCAAAGUGAAUAGCUGGGACAACCUUACAACUAAUAAACAAGAAGCUCGGGCAUAUUCCAAAGACAUCUCAACUUUCUGUGGAAGGUUACUUGAGGAAACUGAAGAUGAGCUUGCUGAAUCGAUAAAGAAAGGGUCCGUUAAAGCAGGAGAAGUAAGCAAGGUCCUCUGCCAAGACCUCGGUAGAUACUGCAGCAGGACAAGUGGUACCCAGGAAGCCAUUGAUGAAGAAGAUAUCAACGACAGAGAACUUUAA